AUGGCCUCCCGGCAUUCGUCUACGCCAGAGAGCGGAGACGAGAUUAAACGGAAAAGGGUGGGCAAAGCGUGCGACCGGUGCAGAAUGAAAAAGUCAAAGGUAGAACUCAAUAAGCCUGCCCCGUCCAUAGUGCCCGUUUUACUGAUGCUUCCCGUUUCUUCCCCCGUUAGUGCGACGGGAGCCAUCCUUGCCAACGGUGCAGGACCGACAAUACGAUUUGAAAAGGUGUACCCCAAAGGGUUCCCUGGUUUCGCCAGCUAUAUGGAGAUGUUAGAAGAGCAGCAGAACCAGCUGGUGGCCGGUCUUCGACUGCUCUAUAGGCGAGUACAAGAGGGCGAGGGAUGGCCGGGUAAGCCGGUGCAAGAGUGCAACGGCCGUCCCCUGACACACGAAAUCCUCGAGGCCUUGGGUGUUUUGAACGAGAUGGAAGAGCCGUUUGAGGAAAGUGUGAGUGCGCUCCGGAACCGAUAUAUGACCGACCGUCCCGACCUGACGAACCGACGGGAAUCGGGAAGCUCGAUUGGCGAUUACUCGUCCUUUACAAGCGUUCAGUCCACGGAUCUUUCCCAGCAAUCACAGGCGGCUCUGGCUCAGCGGCAAGAACUUUUGACGGCUUCGAUGAAUGCACCUCGGCCAUCCUUGUGGGAAUAUCAACUCCCCACGAGGUUCGAAAUGGGACGCCCUGGUCUUGUACACGGUAAUGAUCCGCUGUUGUCCGGCGACAAUUUGGACUACUUCCAGCCGACGGCACCCCUUCCUUUCUCCCAAUCUACCCUGACGUCUCUCGCCGUAGCUGAUUGGCAACAAAUGGAGUUUGACUAA